AUGGAGUUUGGCCAUGCUGGCGUGCUGAAUGAAGAUGGCAUUCAUGUCGAUAUGGAUCGGUUGAAGAAGGGAGAAGUCAACUUGGGUACUUCUAUCAUGGCUGUGACAUUCAAGGAUGGAGUUAUUCUGGGAGCCGAUUCGAGAACGACCACCGGCGCUUACAUCGCCAAUCGAGUAACAGACAAGCUGACCCGGGUACACGAUACCAUCUGGUGCUGCCGAUCUGGUUCUGCUGCCGACACGCAAGCCGUUGCCGACAUUGUACAAUACCAGCUGGGCCUCUUUGCCAUGCAGAGCGGAAAGCCCCCGAUGACACAGACUGCAGCCUCCAUCUUCCAGGAGAUUUGCUACGCCAACAAAGACAGAUUAUCAGCUGGUCUGAUUAUUGCAGGCUGGGACGAGCGAUUCGGCGGCCAGGUUUACUCUAUUCCCCUAGGAGGUUCAUUGCACAAACAGGCAUAUGCAAUCGGCGGUUCAGGAUCGACAUACAUUUACGGAUACUGUGACGCCAAUUGGAAGGAGGGCAUGGAAGAAGCAGAAGCAGUCGCCUUUGUCAAGGGCGCUCUAAGAGAAGCUAUCAAGUGGGAUGGAAGCUCUGGUGGUGUUAUUCGUAUGGUUGUAUUGACGAAGAAGGGAGCCGACCGACACCUGUACCUACCGGAUUCAGACUACAAGGUGCGACAUGACUAG